UAGGAUUUUGGUUGAGUGGUUCUUACAGUCACAGUCCAACAAGGCACAAGCCUUUUUCAUCUUUCACUGUUCCAAAACCAAAAAAAAUGGUAAAAAACAAACGCAACAACUUCUUCAACAAGAAGGAAACUUGGGUAGCAGUAAAAACAAAAGAGAGUGAAAAAGAAAAAGGAAAAGAAAAAGAAAAGAAAAAAGAAAUUGAAAUUGAAAUUGAAGAAGAAGUUGAAAAACAGAGUUUGGUUAUGGAGGAGGAGAAACAAGAAGAGAAGAAGAAGGUAGUUUAUUCUCCUCUUCCUUCAAACUAUGUUACUCUCGCUCAGCUUCAAGAGCGUUGGUUGAAGCAACAAAGUGAAAAAAAUCAACAAGAAAAAAAGGAGGAUCAUCAACCAGUGGAUGAGCGACACGUGGUGGUUGUGGCUGAAACGAGUGUAACCGUUUCUAGGUCUAAUCCGUUUGAUCGAACUCGCGAUGACUCGGUGGAUAACCGUCGUGUGGUGGAUGUUGCUGUUGCAAAUGAAGACGGCGGGAAAUCGGUGACCGAAGCUGGAAGUGCUGAUGAUCGUAAUCGCCGCGGAAAUCGUGGUGACUCGAUGGAUAACCGCCGUGCGGUGGUUGUGAAGUCUGAAGACAGCCGGAAAUCAGUGACCGGAGCUGGAAUUCGUGAGGGGAAAGCUGAUAAUGUAACUGAUUCUAGGUUUAUUGCUGUUGAUCGAAAUCCCCGUGGUAAUCGUGACGACUCGGCGAUUAACCGCCGUGGAGUUGUUGUGGUGUCUGAAGAGAAUCGGAAACCUAUGACCGGAGAUGGAAUCGCUGACAAUGCAACCGUUUCUAGGUCUAAUCGUUCUGGUCGUAAUCGCCGCGGAAAUCUUAAGGGUUUGGUAGAGAAUCGUCGUGAAAACGGUGUGGAGAAUGAAGACAGGCGGAAAUCGGUGACCGGAGCUGGAAUCGGAGGUGGAAGCGCCGGUCAUGUGACCGUCUCUAAGUCCAAUGACGUUGAUCGUAAUCGCCGUGGAAAUCGCGAGGAUACGGUGGAGAAUCGUCGUGAAAUCGGUGUGGAGGAUGAAGAUCUGGAUGGUAAGGUGGAGGAAGGGAGGAAUAAGAAGAAGAGAGACGGUGGAACGAAGAGACGGAAGAAAUGGAAUGAGAGGAAACUUGGUAAGGAGAAGGAGGAGAGAAGAGCAAUUGAAGAAGGUAGUGCUGCUAAGGGGAAUGAAGUUGCUGAGAAAAUCGAAUUGAAAGAUGAAGAGGUUGUGGAUUCCAAAACAGUUGAUGAAGUUGAAGAGAAAUUUAGGGUUUUAUCUGUGAAAUCUGAUAAUGGAAAACAGAGUUGGAAGUUCAGAAAAAUGAACCAUGCUGUGAGGAAUAAUGGUGUUGGAGAUGGUCGUGGACAUAGGCAUGGCCAUGGGCAUAGGAAUUUUAAGGAAGAACAAAGCACUAAGACUACUUGGGUGAAGAAGGAUGGCAGUGUUGGAGAAAUUGAGAACUAGUUUGGUAUUUUUGUUAAUUAAUUUUCAUUAAUUUUAGUGGAUUAUGGUUUAUUAAAAUUGAUUGAUGUAAUCAAGUGAUAUGAUAUGAUUGAUGGUUGCAUAAAUGAUAGAUGAAGUGUUAUUAUGUCUGGCUGUAAUUGCUGUGAAUGAUUGAUUAUUAAUGAAGAACUUUUGCUCUGAAUUGGACAUUAGUGUGA